AUGAUAUUGGAGCUCAAAGAAAAUCACCACAUGAAUGAAAGUGGAACUAGCUUGAUUAGCAGCACGCUAAUGGAAAUUCUAGAAUGGUUUCUGGAGGAGUUGGAGGCUAAGCUUGUCCAAGAGUCGUCUGAUAUCCAUGCUGAAGCCUUUAGCUUAGUGAAGCAGCAAGGCAGAAAACUCAUCAUGAACAGCCCUCUUCUAGAAGUUAAUACCGAGCACAAAAUCAAGAAAUAUCUGCUGGAUAAAUGUGGACUCGUCAAGCCACAAGAGAUUGUUUUGGGAAGUGAGUACAACGUCGAAGUGCAAAGCGAUUCUGAAACUAUUUCUGAAGCAGAAGAAAAGGCAAUGAUUGUCCCAAUGGUUGAACAGUUAACCCAGCUCUUUACCAAUCGCGAAAUUUACAAUUAUACAUUCACGGCGCCUGUAAAUCAAAGCUCAGACAACGUCAUCAGAAAUGCCAAAGACGGUUCAGUCUACAAAAACCACCGAAUCUGCCAAUUAUAUCCAGAUGCCUUGCUCAUUCAACUUUACAUUGAUGACGUUGAAAUGGUGAACCCUUUGGGAUCCCACACGAAGAAAAACAAAAUCACCGUCUUCUAUUGGAACUUACUCAAUCUACCCAAUCAUAUGAGAUCUUCGCUCAAAGCAAUUAACCUGUAUGGUUUUGCCCUUUCAACCAGCAUUAAAAAAUUCGGGUACCAAGAGAUGCUCAGAAAUUUCCUUCAGACGAUUCAGCAGUUAGAGACACCAGAUGGGCUAUUGAUCAGACUGGGAAAUGAGCCAGUAAUUCUGCACGGAACAUUGAUUUCAGUUUCGGGUGAUGGAUUGGCAUUGAACGAAAUUGGUGGCUUCAAAAGUAUUGGAUCAUUGACCUUUAAAUUCUGCCGCAACUGUGACUUGGAUCGAAAUGAAAUUUUCAAAUCCUUUGUUGAAAGGAAUAUUCGUGCUUUCCCCCAACACAAAGAACGAGUCAAAAAGAUCCAGGCAGAGCCAACAAAGAUUGUUCGAGAUGAAAUGUGCAAAACAUAUGGCAUUAACGGGGAAUCAAUCUUCAGCACUCUCCAGAACUUUGACAUCACCAAGGGCCUCCCGCAGGACCUGAUGCACAACCUCUUGGAAGGAGUUCAAGAGGUUGAAAUCAGGGCCUUGCUGUUCCGGCUAAUAGAAGAUUUCAAAGUUUUGACCUACCAAAAUUUAAACCAUCUCCUGAAAUCAUUUCCGUACCCAGAAAGUCUAAAAUCUAGUAAACCAUCCCCAAUUGACCGAGCUCAUGUUGUGUCAGGAAAGCUCCGUCAAAGUGCAAGUCAAAUGAUUAGUCUUCUCUGCGUCAUGCCUUUCCUUUUGGAACCAUACCAUGAUGACCAAACAGCAAGUUUCAUAGACAACUUCAUAUUGCUGGCAAAAAUCAGCAACAUUUUGCUUUCAUUUGAAGUGGACAGGCCAACCCUUGACCUUUCUAGGUAUAUGAUCGAAAAGCACCAUUCGCGUUACCAAACGCUGUACCCUGAAUUUCCCAUGACACCCAAAUUUCAUCUUAUGAUCCACGCGCCGUCGUACAGGAUACAGGAUGCAUAA